AUGGGGAACAGAUUAGUGAAACCUAAGCAGCUGAGGCAGCCGAAUAGGCACGUGGCAAACCUUGCUAUUGGCUGUGCUGCCAGCCACAAGUUUCUGAUGGACCCAUGCCUAGGCAUCAAUGUGAUCAAUGGGCAAGCUGAUGUCCUCUGCAGCAAGGUACUUGAACUGGAAAAGGAGCUGAAGAGAAAAGAUCAGCAGUUGCAAGAGAGUCAACACCAUGUUGCUGAGCUUCAGGAGCAGCUGGCUGUGCAGACUAAGGUCAUAGCAGAACUCACCAAGGAGCUUCAGAGCAAGUGCAUACAGUUGAACAAGCUGCAGGAUGUUAUUAGCACUCAAGGAGAGCACUCUCUUCAGCCUUCUCCAUUUAAAGUUUCUGCUGACAGGAGAAGAGGAGCCAAGGAAGGUGUAUCUGCAGAGCCGACGACAGGACUGUGUGAUUUGAGCAGGCGAACUAUGUUUUCCCUUGAAAAAGCAACAGUCCGGAAGGAUUCAAGUGAGAAGAAGCUUAUCACAGAUGCCCUGAAUAAAAACCAGUUCCUGAAGAGGCUGGAGCCCCACCAGACACGAGACAUGGUGGAAUGUAUGUAUGAGAGGACGUUCCAGCAAGGGAGCUACGUCAUCAGACAGGGAGAACCGGGAAAUCACAUUUUUGUGCUCAAAGAGGGCAGCCUGGAAGUCUUUCAGCAGAAUAAACUACUCUCCUCAAUUCCUGUGUGGACAGCGUUUGGUGAACUGGCCAUUUUAUACAACUGCACACGGACAGCUUCUGUGAAAGCAAUCACUAAUGCUAAAACAUGGGCACUCGACAGAGAAGUUUUUCAAAAUAUCAUGAGAGUAACAGCACAAAACAGACAAGAGCAAUACAGAAACUUCCUUAGAAGUGUGUCCCUGCUGAAAAACUUACCUGAAGACAAAUUAACCAAGAUCAUGGACUGCCUGGAAGUGGAGUACUAUGACAAGGGAGAUUACGUUAUUCGGGAAGGAGAAGAAGGAAACACCUUCUUUAUAAUAGCAAAAGGAAAGGUGAUAGUUACCCAGAGUACUACAGACCACUCGCAGCCUCAGGUGAUUAAAAAUCUACACAAAGGAGAUUACUUUGGAGAAAAGGCUCUCAUUAGUGACGACGUCAGAUCAGCCAACGUUAUUGCAGAUGACUACAAUGUGGAGUGCCUCGUUAUAGACAGAGAGACAUUUAAUCAGACUGUUGGCACUUAUGAGGAGCUGCAAACUUACCUGGAAGGUUAUGUGGCCAAUCUGGCCCAGGCUGAUGAAAAGAGACAUGCAAAAGGAAGAUCCUUCUGUGGACAGCUGACCAAAGAGGUGUCUUUGGAGAUGAUAGAGCUGAAGGAGAAAGUAGCCCAGUUCCCUCCUUCCCCAUUCCAGAAUUUAGAAGUUGUCACAACUCUGGGUGUUGGUGGGUUCGGAAGGGUUGAGCUUGUUAAAGUUAAAAACGAGAACGUGGCUUUUGCUAUGAAAUGUAUAAAGAAGAAACACGUGGUGGACACCAAGCAGCAAGAGCAUAUCUAUUCUGAGAAGAAAAUCCUCGAGCAGAUAUGUUCUCCAUUUGUUGUAAAGCUGUAUCGCACAUUCAAGGAUAACAAAUACGUGUACAUGCUCCUGGAGGCUUGCCUUGGAGGGGAAUUGUGGAGCUUGCUGAGAGACAGAGGCAGCUUUGAUGAAUUCACCACAAAGUUUUGUGUUGGGUGUGUGACAGAGGCUUUUGACUAUCUGCAUCAAAUAGGAAUUAUCUACAGAGACCUGAAGCCAGAAAAUUUAAUUUUGGAUGCUGAAGGAUAUAUAAAAUUGGUUGAUUUUGGAUUUGCAAAGAAGAUUGGAUCAGGGCAGAAAACCUGGACGUUUUGUGGAACCCCUGAGUAUGUUGCCCCUGAAGUCAUUCUGAGUAAAGGCCAUGACUUCAGCGUGGAUUUUUGGUCCCUUGGGAUUCUUGUGUAUGAACUCCUCACUGGCAGCCCACCAUUCUCUGGAGCUGAUCAAAUGAUGACAUACAAUUUGAUUCUCAAAGGCAUUGAAAAGCUGGAUUUUCCCAAAGUAAUAACAAGGCGACCUGAGGAUUUGAUCCGCAGACUCUGCAGGCAAAACCCUACAGAAAGAUUAGGCAAUUUGAGGAAUGGAAUAAAUGACAUCAAGAAGCACAGGUGGUUGAGUGGUUUUAACUGGGAUAGUCUGAAAGUGAGGAAAUUAACAUCGCCUUUAAAAAGAGAGUUGUCUGGACCAACUGAUUACAGCUACUUUGACAGCUAUCCACCUGAAGUGGGAAGCCCUCCAGAUGAACUUUCAGGCUGGGACAAGGAUUUCUGAUCAUUUUUCCUUCUGGCACAUUUAUAGAAACUC